AUGACUAGCUUGGCCCUGUCGGCGGCGGCAAGCAGGAUCGAGAUGCCCCUCUCCAAAGCGAAUCCGUUCGUGCAGGCGGGCGCGAUCUCGACGCAGCCGUACAUCUCGAGCAGCGAGAGCAGCAACCACCUGCCGCCGAUCAUCAAGGGUACCGGGCUGACCGGCCUGAAGCAGACUAGUGGAGGCGGCGGUGGCGGCGGUGGAGGCGGAGGUGGCGGCGACGAGUCGGUGCCUUACGUGCAGGGUUACCAGAAACUACCGUGGAAAGGCGAGAGCUACGGCCUGAGUAACUGUGGCGGCGGCGGCGGUGGUGUCGGCAACAACAGCAUCGUCAGCGUCAAACCGAAGACGGCGACCAUCACGCCGGAGAUGGUGAUGAAGCUUUACAUGAACAAGCUGACGCCGUACGAGCACCACGAGAUCUUCAACUACCAGCAGAUCUACUUCAUCGGCGCGAACGCGAAGAAACGGCCGGGCAUCAUCGGCCGGCCGAACAACAACGAGUAUGACAACGAACAGGGCUCGUACAUUCACGUGCCGCACGACCACGUGGCUUAUCGGUACGAGGUUCUCCGUGUCAUCGGCAAGGGCUCGUUCGGUCAAGUGGUCAAGGCCUACGAUCACAAGACGCACGAGCACGUGGCGCUCAAGAUGGUGCGGAACGAGAAGCGCUUCCACCGUCAGGCGCACGAGGAGAUACGUAUACUGCGCAAGCUGCGCGAGCAGGACAAGGACAACACCAUGAACAUCAUCCACAUGUUCGACUCGUUCACCUUUCGCUGCCACAUGUGCAUCACCUUCGAGCUGCUCAGUAUCAACCUGUACGAGCUCAUCAAGAAGAACAACUUCAAGGGCUUCAGCCUGCAGCUUGUGCGCAAGUUCUCGCACUCGCUGCUGCUCUGCCUCGACGCGCUCUACAAGAAUAAGAUUAUACACUGCGACAUGAAGCCGGAGAAUGUGUUGCUCAAGCAGCAGGGCCGCAGCGGCAUCAAGGUGAUAGAUUUCGGUUCCAGUUGCUACGAGAAUCAACGGGUAUACACUUACAUUCAGAGUCGUUUCUACCGCGCACCAGAAGUGAUAUUAGGCGCAAGAUAUGGAAUGCCGAUCGACAUGUGGAGUCUCGGUUGCAUCCUAGCGGAAUUAUUCACCGGUUUCCCACUAUUACCAGGCGAAGACGAGGCAGACCAACUGGCGUGCAUCAUCGAAAUGCUAGGCAUGCCACCACAACGAUUGCUGCAAAACUCGAAACGGUCGCGUCAGUUCAUCAGCUCGAAGGGCUACCCGAAGUACUGCACCGCGACGGCAAUGCCGGACGGUACGACAGUGCUAAGCGGGGGUCUCUCGAGACGAGGGAAGCUGCGCGGCCCGCCGGGCUCGCACGAUCUCGAGCGCGCCCUGAAGGGUUGCGACGAUGUGUUGUUCCUGGACUUUCUCAGGCGUUGCCUCGUGUGGGAACCGGAAUGUCGAAUGACACCGAACAAAGCAUUAAGGCAUCCGUGGCUGCGCCGUCGAUUACCGAGGCCACCGGGCGACAAGAACGACACGCUACCGGCGGUGACAUCGGCGCAACCCGCGACUACCGGCGGCGGUCCCACUCUGAGAACAUCCGCAUCCGGCAGCAGGAGUUCCAGUAAGACUAACAGUCUGCAGAGUAGCAAUAACACCAGCGAUGACAUAUCGACGAGUAAAACAACGGGUCAGCAGACAAGAGGAAACCGUUUAGUAGAGGACAUGGUAUCGGCUUAUGCGGGUUAUUCGUACAAUACGUCCCAAUUACACGGUGGUACUUGGGGCACAACGGGGGGGUUAAGCAGCGGCCACCAAUCGCUGAACUCCAUUAGCGGAACUGGCGGCGGUGGCGGUGGCGGUGGCGGCGGUGGCGGCGGCGGCGGCAGGAGCUCCUCUAGCAAGACUAACAGUUUGCAGGGCGGCAAUAACACCAGCGACGACAUCUCUGCGAAUAAGACGGCAGGUCAGCAAAGGGGUAACCGUUUGGUCGAGGACGUGGUGUCCGCUUACACGGGUUACUCGUCGGCGUACGGCGCGUCCCAGCUGCACGGCAGUACUUGGGGUACGACGGGGGGACUGAGCAGCGGUCACCAGUCGCUCAAUUCCGUCAGUAGUAGGAGUUCCAGCAAGACGAACAAUCAGUUGCAGAGCGGUAACAAUGCGUCGAGCGGCGAUCUUUCCGCGAGCAAGACCGAACGUCAGCAGCAGAGAGAGCGCACAAGCGAGUUGCCGGUGACGAUCUUCGAUCCCUAUCCACUCGGGUCUUACGGUUGUCUGUCCGAGUCUCAGUUGCAUAGUAGUCAUCGAUCGAAUCAGAGUAGCAGCCAUCAGUCGCUCAAUUCUGUCGACGGUGCGACGACCGGCAAGUCGCAGCGCGCUCGUCAGACGCAUCAGACGCAGCAGCAACAGCAGCACAAUAACAAUGGCGCGUCGCACGAUAAUUACAGCUCUCACGGCUCCUCGAGUAGCUCCAGCCGGUUGGUACUCUCGUUUCAGCCGGGCAUCCAGGAGAUUCUCGAGGAGUUGAGACGAUAG